AUGUCGCUCCUCCGCCCCUUCUCCGCCCUCGACCUGUUCGAGUUCAACGCCAUCAACCUCGACGUGUGGACAGAGACGUACGGCGUCAGCUAUUACUUGAGCUACCUCAUGCACUGGGGCGACCUCUUCUCCGUUGUCGAGUCGGCGGGUGGCGACGGCCGCGAGGUCAACAUGAGCGCGGCGAGUGCGCAGGGCGGCACAAGCAGCACGGGUGGGUUCGGCGGCGGCGAGGGCGGCGGGCUCAUGGGCUACGUCAUGGGCAAGACCGAGGGUAGAGGGCGAGACUGGCACGGGCACGUCUCUGCGAUCACCGUCUCGCCACAACAUCGACGACUCGGGCUCGCGAGCAUGAUGAUGGACCUGCUCGAGAAGGUCAGCGAGCAGGAGGAGGGCUGGUUCGUCGACCUCUUCGUGCGACAGUCCAACAACCUCGCCAUCGGCUUGUACGAGUCGCUCGGGUACAUGAUUUAUCGACGAGUGCGAGGGUAUUACGGUGGCGGGCCGGGCGAGAAGGACGAGGACGCGUUCGACAUGCGCAAGGCCCUGCCGCGCGACCAAGAGCAGCUGUCGAUCCAGCUUCCAGGCGGUGCGACCGACGGACGAGACGUCGUCGUCGGGCCCGAGGACACCGUCUUCUGAGCGUGUGCAACGAUGAAUGUAUGCAUAAGGG